AGCGGUGCCGGCGUAUGACAGAAGGAAAUAGCAAUAAUUUCACGCUACCAGUUUCCUGUCUCGACCAGAAAAUCAUAUUCGUAGCAGCCAAUCAGCUUCUCGCAACGAUCCAGUAGGGUGGCGUUUUCUGCAAUAGAGAUUUCCGCGCGAAUUCCGGUCAUCAGCAAUUAUAUUAAGUUCAGGUUCCGUAGUUCAUCCAUUCAGUAUUAAGAAUUUUGGAAGUAAGAACGUAUCUUAUAAUUUUUACACAAAAAAAUCCACACACAGAAGAGGAUCAACUAGAAUCAACCAUGGAUUACCAGUUUGGAUUUCUAAUUUUUGUCCUGGUCGAAGUUGCGAUGGCAUCACAGAAUGACAAUGUGCACGUUGUACUCGUGGAGCGUCCAGGAAUCACAGACUGUAAGCACCGGGAAGUGUGCGCGGAUAUUUUCAACUUUACCCGAAUCAUGGAGGACGGAUCAGGACAGUUGGAGUCCAGAUUUCUCCAGAACUGCGACUGUCCUGGAAUGCCCUGUGUCAGGGGCGAGCAAGGGAGGGACCUUGAGCAACUCCUCUUCCGGGAGACACGAAAACAAUCGAUGCUGACAUGUGAAGCAGCGAGUCAGUUCAGUGAAUGUUCACCGGGAGAGACGGCGAAGGAGCAACACACAGACCGAGACACGGGCAGAAUCUACGUCCAGAUCAACUGUGUUUGCCCGAAUAACGAGGACCCAGGUAGCUUCCGCGACAAGAUGACGGAACAGAAGCGUUACUAUGAGCUGACUGAAGAAGAGCAAGGCUGGUUCACGCGAGAUUCGUCCUCCCGCUUCUACAAGUGUCGGGAAGCAGGCGCCAGACGGUUUGGCGGACUCUUCUAAAAAUAUGUUGGCCAAUCGGAGCACCUUGGUGAUUUACGAAAAAAGAGGGUCGGAAUGUUGCCAAAGUGUUGAGCGGAGUAGCGCUGUCAUCCAUCCAUAAAUUGCCGAUAAUUGACGAUUGAGCAGAGAAACAUAUCGAUGAUAAACUAGAAUAUAAGGCACGAUCUGUAAAAAGCCGAGACAUUGCGAACUACGAACCCGUCCGGAAAUUACCGAGAUGUUACGAUUGGAAACGAGGAUUAUUUUGAACAAAAUCCUUAAUUAUAACUUUAUGCAACAAGUUAUCUCUAUUUUUUUUCACUCCAUUUCAACACUACAACCGAAAUAACAAUAAAUAGACCAGCAUACUGUGUUCUGUAAAAGCAUGCGAAAUAACAACUGUUAUUGAAGUGUAUUAUGAUACUAGUAAAUGGUAAGCGUAAGAUCAUGUUUACCCUUCUAUAUAAAUAUGCAUUCAUAUGUUUACUAUAUUGUCUUAACAGCACACGCUCAUCGAAUGUGUACAGACCUUUUCUGAUGAUUACAUGCGGGUCUGGGGACUUUUAUAUGCACAUAACACUCAAUUAUAUUUGCAAUGAUUUCAAUAAAAUCAAGCAAUACACCCUGCACGUAGUUUAAAUAAACACCAAACUUGCUUUGGUUUAAAUAAAACAAACUUUCGUCUUGUUCAAAGUGUUUGAAUAGCUAGUUUCAUUGCAUUUUGGGGUUAUUUAAAUUUUGUCAUUUUUCAAAAAAGUUGUAGGCCCAGGUCUACAAGGCCUAUAUGUAGCUACGCCACUGCUUUUCAGACAAAUCAUGCACUAUUUGUCCCCUUUACUAUAUUAGCCUUGUCUUGAUGCCAUUAUUUGAAUUGACGACCUCUGUGUUAUGGCAAGUAAGGUAGCUGAUACCAAAUGUCAAUCUCUUUACUUAUAAUUGAACAUCAAAAACAGUGCGUUGUCUUGAUGAGGAGACGUUUAACUGAUAGUUUUACCCGUAUUGAAAGUACCUUUGUAGACAUCUUUUAUUAAAAUAAUUAAAAUUAAUUAUUUUCGUCAAUUAAAGGACUCAACCAAAUGUUUUGAAAACCGAAACAAUAAAUGAGAUUAGACAAACACAUGAAUAUUCAGACAGCUUUUUAUCACAAUUCUAUUAAAACAAGUACAUGUUUAAAGAUAUCAGAGUUCCCCUAUCUAGACUAGUAUAGGUACUUCCAUUUCGAUAAACAUAUUUUCAUUGUAGAAUACCUUGAUUUGACUCUAUCCAAGCUCCUAUGGUUUGUGUAUAAUAAAAUGGAUUUAAGUUUUUGCCGGUUCAUAUUUCUUCAAGAUGCAUAUUCUACCUCUUAAAUUGCUUUACUAUUUUUACGAACUUUUGAAGUCUGAAAUAAAUCAGAAUCAGAUUGUUUUUGGUGUAAAAAUCUCAAAAAUACAAAGUAUAUCAAAAACGAAAGGUUUAAAAACUAAACUUUAAUUGCAAAACUAUUGAUUCAAACAUUGUUUAUUUGUUUAGGCUCUUGUCAGAUUAAUAUAUAUAUAAUAUGCAAAACAUAAUACCAUAUAUCAAAUCACAAUUGUAAUACAACACAAAUAUAAAAGGUUCAACGAAGACUGUUAGGUUUCUUGACAAAUUCUUACAAAUUUAAACAAACAACUGAUCGAGAAUUGAUUUACACUUAAGUUACUGAAAAUAAAAAUACUGUUCUUAUACCAUUUAUUGUAUGCAAGGUGAAAUUUGAAAUGUUUUAAAGGUUGUCGUAACAGAUUUGCUGACAUUAUUUAACUCUGUAGCAUGAUUAAUCUCGCUCAUAAUAAUUAGCUCAAACUUUUUGUUUGGAAAAUGCAUUUAUUGAUUUGACUGUACUAAAGUUAAAUUCUUCGGAUAUUUGACUUUGCAUCUAUCUCUCAGUUAAAUAGAAGUGGUUAACAACGAUAAAAAUAAUACUAAUAAUAAUAAUAAUAAUAAU